GCCACCCCGAGCCCGCGGUCCCCGGGCGGGGAGGAGCCGCGGUGGGGCCGCAGAGCUCUGACCCCUCGCCCCGAGGAAAACCCGACGCGGACGCCCCCGCCUUUCGCCUGCGCCCUGGGCUCGUACCCCGAGAGGGCCCGAGGCUGCCGCCUGGACAUACCAAGGACAGGGCCCCUGCUUGCCGCAAGUAGUCCGCGAUCUUUGCUGCAGUGGCCAAACUUGGAGCGGGUUCCGCAACUUGGAGGGCGGCCCCAGCGGUGGCCUGGGCUUUAAGUCCCCCCACCUCCAUAGUAAUCUUCAUCAGCUCGCUCCCGUCCUCAGGCACCCAGACAUUUGCUGUGAGAAUUGCCAGUAACAGUUCACUAUGGGGGAUAUUCUGGCUCAUGAAUCUGAAUUACUUGGACUAGUACAGGAGUAUUUAGACUUUGCUGAAUUUGAAGACACCUUAAAAACAUUUUCAAAAGAAUGCAAAGUUAAAGGAAAACUGUUAUGUAAAACAGCAGGUGGAUCUUUAAGGGACUCCAAAUCAUUGAUAAUUCAGAAGGAUCUCGUGGCUGCCUUUGACUGUGGAGACCAGAAGGCAUUCUUCGAUUUGUGGGAGGAGCAUGUUCCCAACUCCAUCCGAGUUGGUGACUCCCUUGCUCAGAAGCUGGAAUUCUACCUUCACAUUCAUUUUGCCAUUUAUCUUCUGAAGUACUCCGUAGGGAGGCCGGACAAGCAGGAGCUGGAUGAACGGAUUUCCUAUUUCAAAAACUACCUGGAGACAAAAGGGGCAGCGCUGAGCCAGACCACUGAGUUUCUUCCUUUCUACGCCCUCCCUUUUGUGCCCAACCCCAUGGUGCACCCGUCAUUCAAAGAGCUCUUCCAGGAUUCUUGGACUCCAGAGUUAAAAUUGAAGCUGGAAAAAUUUCUAGCUUUAAUUUUUAAAGCCAAUAACACGCCAAAGCUUUUGACAAUCUACAAGGAGAAUGGACAAAGUAACAAAGAAACGCUGCAGCAGCUGCACCAGCAGUUGGUGGAAGCUGAGCGUCGGUCAAUGACAUACCUGAAGCGGUACAAUAAGAUCCAGGCCGACUACCACAACCUCAUUGGAGUCACAGCUGAGCUGGUGGAUUCGCUCGAGGCCACGGUCAGUGGCAAGAUGAUCACUCCAGAGUACCUGCAGAGCGUCUGCAUCCGCCUCUUCAGUAACCAGAUGCGGCAGAGCCUGGCACACAGUGUGGACUUCACGAGGCCUGGGACGGCCUCAACCAUGUUGCGAGCCUCCCUGGCACCCGUGAAAUUGAAUGAUGUCCCGUUACUGCCAUCCCUGGAUUAUGAGAAACUGAAGAAGGAUUUGAUCUGGGGGAGUGAUCGCUUGAAAGCCUUCUUGUUGCAGGCUCUGCGCUGGCGCUUGACCACAUCCCAUCCUGGAGAGCAGAGGGAGACAGUUCUGCAAGCAUAUAUCAGCAAUGACCUCCUGGACUGUCAUAGCCACAACCAGAGGAGCGUGCUGCAGCUGCUGCACUCCAAGAGCGAGGUGGUGCGCCAGUACACGGCCCGGCUGGUCAACGCCCUGGCGUCGCUGGCAGAAGGCCGCCUCUACCUCGCCCAGAACACCAAGGUGCUGCGGAUGCUGGAGGGAAGGCUGAAGGAGGAGGACAAGGACGUCAUUACCCGGGAAAAUGUUCUUGGGGCCCUGCAGAAGUUCAGUCUCAGGCGCCCGCUGCAGACCGCCAUGAUUCGCGACGGCCUCAUCUUCUGGCUGGUGGACGCCCUGAAGGACCCGGAUGGCCUGUCUGACUACACGCUGGAGUACUCCGUGGCUCUGCUCAUGAACCUCUGCCUCCGCAGCGCAGGGAAGAAUAUGUGUGCCAAGGUGGCUGGCCUGGUGCUGAAAGUCCUUUCGGAUCUCCUCGGCCACGAGAAUCAUGAGAUCCAGCCAUAUGUGAACGGAGCUCUGUACAGCAUCCUUUCUAUUCCAUCCAUCCGCGAAGAGGCGAGAGCAAUGGGAAUGGAAGACAUCCUCCGCUGCUUCAUCAAAGAAGGCAAUGCUGAGAUGACCCGCCAGAUAGAGUUCAUCAUCAAGCAGCUUAAUUCCGAAGAGCUGCUGGAUGGAGUUCUUGAGUCUGAUGAUGAUGAGGAUGAAGAUGAUGACGAGGACCAUGACACCAUGGAAGCUGAUCUGGACAAAGACGAACUCAUCCAACCCCAGCUUGGAGAACUCUCUGGAGAGAAACUUCUGACGACAGAGUACUUGGGAAUCAUGACCAACACUGGGAAGUCGCGGCGGAAGGGGCCGGCCAGCGUGCAGUGGAGCGGGGACGAGCCCCUGCGCAGGCCCGUCACCCCCAGUGGCCACAGGACCGGGUGCCCAGUGAUGGAAGACCAUCUGGUUUCUCCCCAGAAUGGCCAAUGGGCCAGAAAUGGCUGCCUUCAGGCCCUGCCCGCCGCUCGCCUGGCCAUCUGCAAGGAGGCCACGCCCAGUGUCCCUGAGUGCCGCACCACCUCUUCAUCCUCGGAGCACAAGCCAGGAGGGUGGGCACCGGCUGGACAGCAGGAAGAGCCUCACCUGUUCCCCGCAGCGGCCCACGGCUGGCUGAAGGAGGUGUCCCAGGACCCCGGCAGCAGAGAGACCAGCAGGGAGUUUGCACCGGUCUUCGCCUGCAAGCCAAGGACCCCCCACACUCUGGGGACCCUGGAGCUCGACCCACCCAAGGCAAAGGCCUCAGCCCUGACCCCCCAGUUCUCCUUGUGUGGCCCCCAGAAGACCAGCCGCCCCGGCUCCACGGCUUCCUCCGCAAAGAGCCUGCACAGUGAGUCAGCCUGGGCCCUGCCCGUAGCUCCAAGCAAAGCAUGCCAAGCUCCCGCGUCUGCACUUUUGGGCCCGUGGACCCGCUGGGUGUGCCCACUGAGCAGGUGGUGAAGGCCCACUUCCCUUCCAUAGUUCCGGUGCCUUCCCUGGCCCCAGGGACCAGUCCUUCAUUCAUUCUUCUGCUUAUUAAAUUGCUUUUGGCCUCUGUGGCUCAUACACAAGCUGGCAGAGACCCCCCAAGCUGAAUCCCUUAGAGAUUAGAACCCCCCCACACCCCAUGGGCUUGCAAAGUCAGCCCUGGCCUGUCCCCACUAAUGAGGUUGGCCUUGGAACUAGGCCUGCGUUCUGGUGGGAGAAACCCACCCAGGCCUCAACCCAAGAGCUCUGUCGCUGUGGGACCCUGAGCCCAUGGUGGGUGGGUCCAAGGGUCCCCACUGUGUCCUGGGACCUCCCUCCUGCCCUUGUGCUCCUUGUCAGGACCACCUCUCAGCUCUCUGUGUCCCCUCUCAACCUCAACCUGUUGACUCCCCACCCUGCCACCUCCACACCCAGGCUAAGCUAGACCUUUUCAAGGGGAAAUGAAAGGACAAAGUAAAGGAGGCCAAACACUGUGAAAUAGCCACACUGAGACACAGGCCAGGCCCUGGGCAUCACGCCUAGCUGGAGACCUGUGGGCCGCAAGUGCAGGCCCUGGCCAUGCUGAGCCACCACAGGGCCCUGUUCCUGAGCGAAGCCUCAGCUCGGGUCAGGCCCCUCCUCCCAGACCCAGAGGCAGCCGCGGGAGAUCCAGGGAAAGCUCGGCUGCUCUGACCCUGCCAGUGUCCAGGCCGCACCAGGUCGGGGGAGUAUGGUUGAUAAUAUCACAUGAAUAGCCCCCAGCAGCUGACAGCUGCGCUGGUCACACAUCCAGAUGCUUCACACGGCUAAGCCAGUGUGCCCAGCUCUCGAGCAGUGGAGUCAGUGUGUCCUUUGGACCCAGCAGACCUCACCGGGCCACCCAACCAGGCGGCCCAACCAGGUGGCCUGCUUCCUGUAGGGAAGACCAUGGCCAAGCAAGUCGUGCCCUGGCCAAGAGUCAGGACCUGGGAGGGAAGUUCUCUUUAUUCUCUUUCACAUGAGUGGGUUGAAAGAGGGAUUGUGUGGGACAGAGGGGUUCUGUGCCGAGAUCGCUUGGCGCUGGCGUCUUGCUCUGGCUCUUCUUCCCUAGGCAGCCAGUCUUACAGGAAGUGAGGAUGCUUCUCUCCCCGAGCGCCACCGUCACAUUGCCUGAGGACCAGCCAGCUUCCCGUUCUCUGCCAGCCAGCAGCUGCAGGUGACAGAUGUGAAGAGACAGUUGUCUGGAGACACUGGACAGCGAGAGAGCUGAGGAGGGACCAGCCCUCAGGCCCACCAGCAGUGAGGCCGUGAGAGUCCACCAUCCGGCACUUUCUCACCCAGGAGAGCCAUGGGAGGACUGGGGAUGCCUGCUACAGCCUUCCUGGCAAGGGGACACUUCUGGUCACCUUCACGCCCACAGGAGGAGCGGGUGGCCUUCGCCUUCGGGAGACCUUGGGCUCAGGGUUCAGCCAGCAUCCCCAGCCCUCCCCGGCACCCACUGGGCAGAAUUCGAGGCCACACCUGCAAGCCCUGCCAUCUCCCUGGCUCCUGAGGAGGAGCCGAGGUCCCAGGAAAGGUCAGGAGCCAGAGGGCCUCUUCCCAGGCUGCGGCCAGCGGCCCUGUGGGAGCGCGCUCCUCGCUGGGACCAGCGCUGGAAGUGGGGACCAGUGUCAGGAAGCUCGUUCUCCAGGGACUCUCUUUUGGGUUUAAACUCGAAUACAGAAUGUGAAAUGCUCCGGCGGCUUCAAAGCAGCCCUGUGCUUCUACAUGGGGUUCUUUUUAAAAAAAAAAAAAUUUUUUUUUAUUUUAAUUAUCUACGGUACUAGGGAUUGAACUUGGGGCACUCUAACACUGAGCUACGUCCCCAGCGCAGCCUUUUUUAUUUAUUCAUUUA